AUGGGCCGGGGCUGGCGCCUGGCUGCUGGCCUUGAGGCGGGGGCGGUAGAGCCUCUCCUGGAGAUGGGCCGGGGCUGGCGCCUGGCUGCUGGCCUUGAGGCGGGGGCGGUAGAGCCUCUCCUGGAGAUGGGCCGGGGCUGGCGCCUGGCUGCUGGCCUUGAGGCGGGGGCGGUAGAGCCCCUCCUGGAGAUGGGCCGGGGCUGGCGCCUGGCUGCUGGCCUUGAGGCGGGGGCGGUAGAGCCUCUCCUGGAGAUGGGCCGGGGCUGGCGCCUGGCUGCUGGCCUUGAGGCGGGGGCGGUAGAGCCUCUCCUGGAGAUGGGCCGGGGCUGGCGCCUGGCUGCUGGCCUUGAGGCGGGGGCGGUAGAGCCCCUCCUGGAGAUGGGCCGGGGCUGGCGCCUGGCUGCUGGCCUUGAGGCGGGGGCGGUAGAGCCUCUCCUGGAGAUGGGCCGGGGCUGGCGCCUGGCUGCUGGCCUUGAGGCGGGGGCGGUAGAGCCUCUCCUGGAGAUGGGCCGGGGCUGGCGCCUGGCUGCUGGCCUUGAGGCGGGGGCGGUAGAGCCUCUCCUGGAGAUGGGCCGGGGCUGGCGCCUGGCUGCUGGCCUUGAGGCGGGGGCGGUAGAGCCUCUCCUGGAGAUGGGCCGGGGCUGGCGCCUGGCUGCUGGCCUUGAGGCGGGGGCGGUAGAGCCUCUCCUGGAGAUGGGCCGGGGCUGGCGCCUGGCUGCUGGCCUUGAGGCGGGGGCGGCAGAGCCUCUCCUGGAGAUGGGCCGGGGCUGGCGCCUGGCUGCUGGCCUUGAGGCGGGGGCGGUAGAGCCCCUCCUGGAGAUGGGCCGGGGCUGGCGCCUGGCUGCUGGCCUUGAGGCGGGGGCGGCAGAGCCCCUCCUGGAGAUGGGCCGGGGCUGGCGCCUGGCUGCUGGCCUUGAGGCGGGGGCGGUAGAGCCCCUCCUGGAGAUGGGCCGGGGCUGGCGCCUGGCUGCUGGCCUUGAGGCGGGGACGGUAGAGCCCCUCCUGGAGAUGGGCCGGGGCUGGCGCCUGGCUGCUGGCCUUGAGGCGGAGACGGUAGAGCCUCUCCUGGAGAUGGGCCGGGGCUGGCGCCUGGCUGCUGGCCUUGAGGCGGGGGCGGUAGAGCCCCUCCUGGAGAUGGGCCGGGGCUGGCACCUGGCUGCUGGCCUUGAGGCGGGGGCGGUAGAGCCCCUCCUGGAGAUGGGCCGGGGCUGGCGCCUGGCUGCUGGCCUUGAGGCGGGGGCGGUAGAGCCCCUCCUGGAGAUGGGCCGGGGCUGGUGCCUGGCUGCUGGCCUUGAGGCGGGGGCGGUAGAGCCUCUCCUGGAGAUGGGCCGGGGCUGGCGCCUGGCUGCUGGCCUUGAGGCGGGGACGGUAGAGCCUCUCCUGGAGAUGGGCCGGGGCUGGCGCCUGGCUGCUGGCCUUGAGGCGGGGACGGUAGAGCCUCUCCUGGAGAUGGGCCGGGGCUGGUGCCUGGCUGCUGGCCUGGAGGCGGGGGCGGUAGAGCCCCUCCUGGAGAUGGGAUGGGGCUAA